AAACCAGCGGAACUAUUUAAGCCACAGUCUUACAAUAAAUUUUUAGUCGCACCUGGUGGAGACCACGUCAUUAGUUUAAUAGAUGAAAUCUCGUUUCAAUUUCCUCCUUCACCACCACUAUCUCAACUAGAAGAAAUAAAUCAAGAUUUAUUCUGCAACGGGGACAACAGACCCAUUAAUUGCGGAGCAAAUUGCCAAUGUACCCAUAUGGUAGAUAUACCAUAUAAUGCCAUUGUAGAAGUAGUUUUAGUUGACGAAGUUCAGUCACCAAAUUUGAGUCAUCCCUUCCAUCUUCACGGCUACUCAUUCAACGUAAUUGGAAUUGGUAGAUCUCCAGAUCAGAACGUUAAGAAAAUUAAUCUGAAGCACGCCCUUGAUCUCGAUAGAAGGGGUUUGUUACAUAGACAAUUCAACCUCCCACCAGCUAAAGAUACGAUUGCUGUGCCAAACAAUGGAUAUGUGAUAUUUAGGUUUAGAGCCGAUAAUCCAGGUUAUUGGUUAUUCCAUUGCCACUUCCUUUUCCAUAUAGUAAUAGGAAUGAACCUCAUAGUCCAUGUAGGAACUCAAGACGACUUACCACCAGUACCACCUGGCUUUCCACGGUGUGGUAACCACAUACCUCCUAUUAUUCCUCCUCCUGCCAUUCAUGAUCAUCAUAAGUGA